AGUUGAAGGGAAAUCCGAUCUUUCCACAACAACCAUACAAACGAGAAAACGAAUACUUUCGCCAAUAACAACAUAAUAACAAAGGGAUCUAUAGUUAUAUUUUGUACCCAACAAACACACAGAAAUCUCAUAGUCGAAGUAGGAUCUUAUGGUUUCCAAAGUGAAUAUACUUUUCGAACAAUUCGAUGCUGGGAUAGAUAGGGAAAUCCCCUUAACGGCUGCGGACAAACAAAUAAGCGACUGGCGGUCACGAGACUCACUUGUCUAGUUGAGCGUUUUGUACGAGAGCUCAUUAGGUACAGCAUUAGGUUGGCAUUCAAAUUCUUGCCCGCCUGUCGUCAGUCAGUUAGUGAUGGCGGAAGAUUUGGGCGGAGUCUUCACGAAGCAAGGCAAUCUUCACCAUGUAUUUUUGAUCGGCUUUCAUCAUAAGAAGGGUUGCGUUUUGGAGUAUGCGUAUCCGCCUUUAAAGGAGAGUUGCGAGUCCGGGGACAAGCUGUUUUUGCCCGAAGAAUGGAAGUUUCUACCAUAUCUUGCCAUGCCGGAUGGUGCGCAUAACUUCCCAGAGGACGUUGUUUAUUUUCACUUGCCACCAAGAAAAGAGUUUGAGUUGAAGCAAACAGUGUACUGUGUGUCAUAUUGUCGACAGGUAGACGCCAACCAAUUAACCCAAAGAGACGCUGACAUCACUCGCGGUACAGUACAGAAAAGUGUUGUCAUAUUGAGUAAAGUACCCGCAUUUGGCUUAAUUCACGCAAAACUACAACUGCCAGUCAUAACAAAUGCCUUUUUGGAAAAUUUUUCACAAAAAAAUGUUUUGCAAGAAUUGUAUGAUCACAUCAAUGCGUCACUCAGCGUACCCGAUGAGUCACAUUUAUUUUUCGGAUUGUCUGUAAGAAAGUUACUGACUAAUUUUAAACACAAAUUGCUCAUUCUAUUCAAACUAAUUUUACUGGAAAAACGUGUUGUAUUUUAUGCAACACCUGCCAGUGAAUUAGUUGGCGCUUUAUUAUCACUCCUUUCACUGUUUCCUCGCAUGAUUGAAGUUGGUCUUUCUGAAUGCACUGUGAUCCCUGACAACAAAAAUAUCUCCAAAGAUGAAAAUAUUCAGGAUGAAAGUGAAUCAAAACUGAAAAUUGUUGUAGAUACUGUCAAUCCAUCCAGUGUUAAUGGCUUGCUCAAAAAUGUAAUAAAAGAUGAAAGUAGUUCUGAUUCUAUGGAGGAGGAUAUUGUAUUGAAUACAGCUGAAGAAUCUGAAAGUCAUGAGAAAUCUGAAGCAGACGAACAAGGCUUUGAAUUACUUGAAAAGCCACUUGAUAAUGACGAAUUUCCCAAUGAAGUAAUUUUGGGAAGUCUAAAAACAGAUGAUACAGAUAUUAGUAAGCCUCCACUAGAUGGGCAGAGUAUCAAACGAUCUAGUGGUAUUGCUACUAGAAUUGCCGGCAAACUCGGAUUUUUUAGACCUGCUCAAGAGAGUCCUGAAACCAAUGAACAAAUGGAAGAUUCACCUGCCUAUCAUCACUUAGAUCCAGAGCAUGAUGAUGAGGAAAAUUACAUUCUUAAACUGGGAAAUGCAAGGCUUGAAAUGGCAAUGGAUUCUCCGGAGAAGAUAAGCCCACAGACCUUACAAACUACACAAGUUGAGGAUACAUUGUUAUACGAUAACCUAAAACCGGCUUCAUAUAAUUUGGAUGAUUAUGGAUUUCCACUGAAUAUAUUUACAGAUGGGAAUUUAUGUCUUCCAUAUAUUUCAUUACAACAUCAUGAUCUAUUAAACCAAGGGUCAAGAAAAGGAUUUGUUGUGGGUGCCACAAAUAUUUUAUUCAAAACUCGUAAAGAACUCUCUGAUGUUGUUAUCGACGUCGAAAAUUCUGAAAUCAUUUUCCAUGAUUUAUCGCUUCAAAGACAACUUGCUUUGUCUUCUGCUGACUUGCGUUUUGCGGAGUAUAUUGUUUCGAAUAUUUGUGAAGAUGAUGAUGAUGCAGAUGUUUUUCAUAAUGUGGCAACAGUGUGGAAAGGAGGAGACGAAUGGCUGCGGAGUUUAUUUGAAGAAUAUUUACAAAAAAUGCUUUCAAUUACGAUCCAAGAUGAGAUAGACCCAAAACUGUUACAAGAUUAUAAUGAGGCAUUUUUAGCAUCUUGGAAACGCACAAAAAACUAUAGAAUAUGGAAGACAGGAGAUCACAAAGUGAUUGAUGGUGAAUCUGAAUAUCAACAUCCAUUUCAUGCACAAUAUUCAAUCAAUGAUAUGAAGUUACGAUUGCAUCAUCGAUUGCAAAACAGUGAGCAAGGCAGAAAAAUUGAGGGCGCAUUAUCAAACGCAAACGAUACAAUAGUUAAUACAGGAAGAUAUCUUGGAAGUGCUAUUGGAUCUGCGAGAACAUCUCUAAGCUCGUGGUUUUCUAGUAAAUUACAAACAAAUAAAAGUUGAUGAAACAAUUGUUUACAUUUGUUAUGUUGUUGUAAAGUUUGUGUCAAUGUGUUAUGUUUAGAUAUGGUCGAUCUUUAAGAUUUUGAUACCAACCAUAAUUUUACCGCCUCUUAGGCAGUCAAUUAUUUUUACAAUAAGCAACAUUUACAGAUAUUUUCAAAACCCCAUUCAGAUAAUGAUUUCCUUACAUCCCUGUUCAUUCAACAAGUGAAUAUGUUUUACUGUUGUAAUUUAUAAUCAGAUUUAUGUCAUAUUGUUUUACAUCUUUUAUCUUUUUGAUCGAUGUAAGUAUGUCAAUGAAAUCAAGUACAUAUGAUCAUGAAUUUCUUUCCUGACAAUAACAAUUGUGUAUAAAUGUUUGGUUGUUUGCUGCGAUCUGUAAAAGCUAUUAUUUGUUGGCUAUAAACGCAUGUAAUGUCACCGCACCAGUACUUAUUUAAUUGUAGUGCAUAACAGAAUUUCAGAAA